CUUUCUCUCUCUCAGCCAGCAGCAAGCAUAUAGCCCAGCACCACCACAUGCCCAAGGGCCCUCCCUCUCCCUCGUCGUCGGGCCAAUUGAGUGUGAGAGCUCGAAAAAACCCAGGGGAUCGGCCGGACCAGCAGCGAGCGAGCGCGAGCUCUGCGUGCGUGUGUGUGUCUGCGCGCUAGAUUAGAUCACCUCCAUCGUCAAUAAUUGCAGGCAGAUCCAUAUAGUCUGCUGGUGGCGAGACAAAGCAACGGAUCGUCGUCGAUCCGGAGAGCGGAAAGCGCGCAGAUCGCGGCGGCCAUGGGGCGCGGGAAGGUGGUGCUGCAGCGGAUCGAGAACAAGAUCAGCCGCCAGGUCACCUUCGCCAAGCGCCGGAACGGCCUGCUCAAGAAGGCGUACGAGCUCUCCAUCCUCUGCGACGCCGAGGUCGCGCUCGUCCUCUUCUCCCACGCCGGCCGCCUCUACCAGUUCUCAUCCUCCUCCGAUCUGCUUAAGACUCUAGAGCGGUACCAGAGGCACAUCUAUGCUUCAGCUGAUGCUGCAGUGCCAUCUAGCGAUGAGAUGCAGAAUAACUAUCAAGAAUAUGUGAAGCUGAAAGCACGAGUUGAGGUUUUACAACACUCGCAAAGGAAUCUUCUUGGUGAAGAACUGGCUCCACUUAGCCCAAGUGAACUUGACCAGCUUGAGAGUCAAGUAGACAAGACCUUGAAGCAAAUAAGAUCAAGAAAGACUCAGGUGUUACUUGAUGAACUUUGCGACUUAAAGAGAAAGGAACAAAUGCUGCAAGACGCUAACAGGGUUCUGAAAAGGAAGCUGCACGAGUUUGAGGCAGAGGCUGCUUCUCCCCCACAAUUGGCGUGGCAAGGCGGAGGCGGCAUGUUGUCCCAUGACCCUCCACAGCCAGAACACUUCUUCGUGGCUCUGGAGAGCAACGCGCCUCUGCAACCUACAUACCAUACUAUGGACAUGAACCAGCAGCCAGAGCCAGCGCCGGGCGGCUGCUACCCUCCUGCGUGGAUGGCUUAGCCAGCGCUUUGGUUCCAUUGCCUUGACAAGUGCCGUGUCCUUCAGAGAUCGCUACGAGUCCUGCUGCUGCUUUUGCGAACCCCCCCUUUGCUGCCUGCCAUGCUUACCGAACUGUUCAAAUAAGAAAUAACCACAUGGUCCUAUAUAGGUUGCUGUUGUCUUUAUCUUCUGUUGAUCACGUCCUGCUCAGAUGCUUUAAACGCUAUGCAAAAUGGCUUAGCGAUGCAUGCUGGAAUGGGCUGAACUGCUUGUGUUUUGGGAGUAU